GUUAGUAAUAACAGAAUAAAAUAGUUAUGAACAAAAACAAAUCCAAACAUUUUUAAAUUGCUAAACUGUAUACAUGUCAUUGUGAUGGAAUACAUUGCAUAUUUAUUUUGUUCUUGCAAUAAAAUACUUUCAAAUAAUCUGUUCUAGGUAUGAAGAGUACAGACUGCAAUGAACAGCCAGCACUUGUAAGAUCACAGUUCCAUGACCCUACAAUUAACCUCCAGCAGAGGUAUCAGCCUGCAAAGGACAUUGACAAGGUUUAUCUCACUGAUGUACCACAGGUUCCAUCAGAGUAUCAGUGCCGCCAAACCCCUGAAUGUGACAAUGGAACACCUGCGACACGUCACCUGACAGAGCAUCAACAGCCACGUACUCGGCCACUGAAGGUGUAUGAUGAGCGGUCUCUCACUCCUACUACAACACUUCACUCAGGACAUGGCUGCAGCAAGAGCUCUGAACAUGGCACAGUUGAGAGAUUUCAUGCAAAGAAAAAAACGCACAAGUGUGCUGAAUGCAAUAAGUUUUUCGCACGUGCCAGUGGCCUGAAACAGCAUCAAGUCAUUCACACAGGACUGAAACCAUAUAAAUGUACUGAAUGCAAUAAGUGUUUCACACAGCUAGGCAGUCUUCGACAGCAUUAUGCCAUGCACACUGGAUUGAAACCAUAUAAAUGUACUGAAUGCUGUAAGUGCUUCACAUAUCUCCGCAAUCUUCAGGCACAUCGUGCCACUCACACAGGCAUGAAACAACAUAAAUGUACUGAAUGCAAUAAGUCUUUCUCAUGUGCCCGUAGCCUGAAAAAUCAUCAAGCCAUUCAUACAGGAUUGAAAUCAUAUCAAUGUACUGAAUGCAGUAAGUGUUUCGCAUGUGCCAGUAGCCUGAAAAAUCAUCAAGCCAUUCAUACAGGAUUGAAACCAUAUAAAUGUACUGAAUGCAAUAAGUGUUUCACAUGGCAAGGCGGUCUUCGACGGCAUUAUGCCAUUCACACAGGAUUGAAACCAUAUAAAUGUACUGAAUGCAAUAAGUGUUUCACAUGGCAAGGCAAUCUUCAACAACAUUAUGCCAUUCACACAGGAUUGAAACCAUAUAAAUGUACUGAAUGCAGUAAGUGUUUCACACAGCUAAGCAGUCUUCAAAAGCAUUAUGCCAUUCACACAGGAGUGAAGCGAUAUAAAUGUACUGAAUGCUGUAAGUGCUUCACAUAUCUCAGCAAUCUUCAGGCACAUCGUGCCACUCACACAGGCAUGAAACAACAUAAAUGUACAGAAUGCAAUAAGUCUUUCAAAUGUGCCAUUGGCCUGAAAAAGCAUCAAGCCCAUUCACACAGGACUGAGCAUUGAGCUCCUAAUGGAGAGAUGAAAAGUCAGCAAGCAAAGGAGAGUAAUAGUGCUGAAGCUGAAUUCAUCCUCAAGUCUUGGUGAGUACCUUCAUGA